AUGCGAUCCAAGAUCCAGGAACAAAACUACACGACUUGGUUUCAGCCAGAUGUGAACAUUAUUGGUACUGAGCCAAUAUUUGGUCCUCCUGAUGCCAUUGAGGAGCCUUCCGUGAACAGGAAACGGGACAUCAUCCAGUACGGUGACAGUACGUAUCACACUCACCCCGCAUCCAGAACUCUUCUCCCCCAGGCAGUGCUAACAACUCCAGUGCUCCACGUCGACGUCGGCGUCACAGCUCUUGGUCUUACCACAGACACGCAACACCUAGCCUACGUCUUGUACCCCGACGAAGACGAGACCGCCAUCCCGGCAGGUCUCAAAGCCGGUCUUGCAAAAGCCAACCGCCUCCAAGAUAUCGUCAUCUCACACAUGAAAGUCGGCACAUCCGGCAACGACAUCCUGAAAGCCAGUCUCGACCAAAUGCACAGCGAGGGUUUCGAAGGCAAGAUCUACUGCCAUCCGAUCGGCGAUUGGGGACACUCAGCCGGAACCUUGAUUGGCAUGACCAAUUUGCAGGAUGGUGUGCCUGUGCUGGGUGAUAUGCCGUUGUUGAAUAGGACCUAUUAUAGUAUUGAGCUGUCGGUGGAACAUUUUGUACCGGAAAGAAAUGCCACCAUGAUGUUUUAUCAGGAGGAAGAUGUUCGCUGGGUCGGUGGAGAGAAAGGCUGGGAGUGGGUUUGGGGGAGACAGGAGAAGUUUCAUCUGGUGAAGACGAAGAAUCAGAAGGGCAAGGGAAACUUGAUUCAAGAGGUGCUUGGUCAAGAGGAAUUGUGA